AGACAAACGUCAAUUUAACUUUUAAAUAACAAUUGUUUUUAGAACCUCGUCAUUAAUCCGCAUCAAAAUUUAAAUAAUGUAUUUUUAACUUUUAUUAAUAAUAAAUUAAUAAAUUAAAAUCACUACUGAAUCAAAAAUAAAUACGGUUGCGUUUAGUGAACGACCGCUAAACUUGACAAGGUAGCACGGUCCGCGCCGGUUUUACGAAAUUGUAUUUGACGUUUGACAUUGUAACCAAAGAGGAAAACGAACGUCCGACUGAGUCUAAAAUUUCCGAUAAAAAUCCCAUGCGUUCGUGACGAUUUUAUGCGCGUCGAACACCGCCACUUCGUGAUAAAUAACCAGCCGGCCGAAUCAUGACCAGAGCGAAUAUCGAGCUAGGCAAUGUAACACCACACAAUAUUAAGCAGCUGAAGCAGCUCAACACCGUUGUUUUCCCCGUCACGUACAACGACAAAUUCUACAAAGAUGUCCUGGAAGCUGGAGAGCUUGCCAAGUUGGCCUACUACAAUGAUAUUGUUGUUGGGGCAGUGUGCUGUCGGAUUGACACAGUUGAGAAGAGCAGGAAGCUGUACAUCAUGACCCUUGGCUGUUUAUACCCCUACAGGAGACUUGGCAUUGGCACCAUGAUGGUGGAGCAUGUUUUAAAAUAUGUUGAAGAGGAUGGCAACUUUGAUAGCAUAUUCCUACAUGUGCAAAUUAGCAAUGAAGGCGCGAUCGAUUUUUACAAAAAGUUCGGCUUCGAGAUUGUGGAGACGAAACAACAUUACUAUAAGCGAAUAGAACCGGCCGACGCGCACGUUCUGCAGAAAAAUCUAAGGAAACCGACUACGAACGGCACGCACGAGCAGUAAGCUGUUUAAUUUGGUGCCAAGUAUUAAGGGCUGGGCGCAAAUUCGAAGUUAUAUACCAAAAUUGUUUCUUAUUUUUUCUUUUACUUGCGAGGCUCGACUUGGCCCGAACGCAUUUUACGAUCAAGAUGAAACAGCGCUUGCGUUGCAAUCGAUGAAUUUAUUAUUACAUGAUUCAAAUAGACGUUUUUGUCCACUUUGCAGACAUCUUCAUUCAACACCAUAUACAUUAUUAUAACAUUUGUUGUGUUUUUGUUUUAAACGUUUUGUUUUGUCCUAGCUGAUAAUAUUAGGUUUUACAUACACAUGUCAGAAACACAAGAAUACAAGACAACAUGUAAAUAGUAUUUUCUUUUCUCUUUAAGUACGCUCAUAAAACACUUCUUUUAGUUAUUUGCGCUAAAAUGUACUACUAACCACUUAUUGAUUGGUGUUCUUGUUAUGUAUCAAAUUUAAGAGCAACCUAGGAAGUAAUCACAACACGUUGCGUUGGCACUCAUCCACCGAGAGAGUUUUUCUAACGCAAACAAUUCGAAUAAAAACGUUUCGCAUACCGUAAAA